CACGUGAUCGCAUUGCCCUUAGGGUUAGGGUUGCCCUGACAGCAGAAUCGCCUUCGCGGGUUCAAUCGGGCAAGGCGGCGGCGGGGGUCUCGUCGGGCAUCUCUUGCCUUUUUCCCGGGAAAGGCGAGCGGGGCCUCCGCGUCGGACUCGUUUUGUCCCCGCCGGCCUCAUGGAGCGCUCCGUGGCCAUGACGGACAUGUACGACCAGGCUUUGCUGGGGAUUUUGCAGCAUGUGGGCAACGUCGAGGAGUUCCUGAACAUCCUCUUCGGCUUCCUCUACCGCAAGACCGACUUCUACCGGCUGUUGAUGCAGCCCUCGGACCGGCUGGGCUUCCCGCCCGGCUUGGCCAAGAGGAUGGCCGUUCGGGCAUUCAAAACCUUUGAACAUCUGGCCCGCCAAGAUGAUGAGAAAAGACAGCAAGAAAUUGAGGAGAAGUUGAAGAAAAGAGAGGCGGACAUGGUGGCUGCAGGAGAGAAAACAAAUGUGCCUUCUGCCAUUGAGGAGGUUGAAAUCACCUCGGCAGUGGAGCAGGACUCUGGACUGGAAAGUGGAAAGGCUGCAGAUGCAGAGGAGCCUGUGAAAGCAGAAGAAACCGUUGAAGCACAAGUUGCUGAUACAACAGCAGAACUGCCAGCAUCUGUUGCUGCCCCUGUAGAAAGUGAACAAACAGAAUUCCCCAGGAAACAGGAACAAUUCCAGGCAAAUUCUGACAGUUAUAAUGGAGCUGUGCGAGAGAACUACACUUGGUCUCAGGACUAUAGCGACCUGGAAAUUAAAGUUCCAGUACCCAAACAUAUUCUGAAAGGCAGACAG